AGGCGGGGAGGGAGGGGGAGGGAUGGCCUCCGCUCCGCUGCCGCUCGGGCCGCCCCCGCGGUGUCGGAUCCUGAAGAUGAUAGUGAUCGGGGACUCGGGAGUCGGGAAGACUUGUCUCACAUUCCGCUUCUGCGCCGGAAAAUUCCCCAACAAAACCGAGGCCACGAUCGGGGUGGAUUUCCGUGAGAAAACAGUGGAGAUCGACGGCGAGAAAAUCAAGAUUCAGCUGUGGGACACUGCAGGCCAGGAGCGUUUUCGGAAGAGCAUGGUGCAGCAUUACUACAGGAAUGUCCACGCUGUGGUCUUUGUUUACGACAUAACCAACAUGGCCACCUUCCAGAGCCUCCCGGCCUGGAUAGAGGAAUGCAAGCAGCACUCGCUCGGCGGAGAAAUCCCGCGCAUCCUGGUGGGGAACAAGUGCGAUCUGAAGGAUGCCACCCAGGUCAGAACAGACCUGGCGCAGAAGUUUGCGGAUACCCACAGCAUGCCGCUGUUCGAAACCUCGGCCAAGAACCCGGGCGACAAUGAUCACGUUGAGGCCAUUUUCAUGACCUUAGCCCACAAACUGAAGAACCACAAGCCCAUGAUGCUCAGUCAGCCACUGCUAGACGAGAACAAGGUCCAACUGGAUCCGGAGCCUAGCCCCGGGGUGGAGUGUUAUUGUUGAAGCUGAGCUGGGGUCGGUUUUCCCCAUGUCAACCAAGAUCCAAAACGACCUGCUGCUAACAUGCUUCCCAUAACCCAGAGACAGCCAAGUGUCCCCCGGUAAAAAGUGAUGUUAACCUGAUCUGCAGGUUCAUUUGCAGACAAAGAAAAGAUAGGGAAGCACAUUGUCUCUAUACUACGUCAAUAUUGUGCAGGUACAGUAUAAGAACAUAGGAACAUAAGAAAUAGGAGCAGGAGUAGGCCAUUCACC